CUCCAUGUUUUGUAGGCGUUUGUUGUUACUCUCUUCGCUCGGUUCCACGGAGAGGUUUUCAUUUUCACGGUUGGAUUCAACCAGAACAACAGUAAUAUGGAUCCGGACAUCGAGGACAAAACGCUGGAGCUGAUGUGUUCUUUGCCUCGUUCUGUCUGGCUGGGUUGUUCGUCGGUGGCAGAGAGUCUGUGUGCUCUCAGAUGCCUGCAGAGCCUCCCGUCCUCCCGGGCCCACAACCAGAGCAUGACUGUGAUGGAAUCACAGAAUAACACAGAUGACAUCUCACCAAAGAAGACAACAGUGUUUAAGUUCGGGAACGGUUCAGUGGCAGGUUCGAGAAAGAGGUCGUCACAGGGGAAUUUCGAGAAAGAGAAAGAUCUGUGCAUCCAGCUGUUUGAUCAGUGGUCAGAAUCGGAUCAGGUGGAGUUUGUGGAGCAUCUGAUUUCUCGCAUGUGUCACUACCAGCACGGCCAUAUAAACUCAUACCUUAAACCCAUGUUACAGAGAGACUUCAUCACCACGUUGCCAGCUCAGGGUCUGGAUCACAUAGCGGAGAACAUCCUCUUAUUUCUCGACGCUCGUUCUCUGUGCUCUGCUGAGCUGGUCUGUCGAGAAUGGCAGCGGGUCAUUUCAGACGGGAUGCUCUGGAAGAAGCUCAUCGAGAGGAUGGUGCGCACAGAUCCGCUGUGGAAAGGCCUGUCAGAGCGUCAUCAGUGGGAGAAAUAUUUAUUUAAGAACCGAACAAACGAGGUUCCGCCCAAUUCAUACUACCAUUCACUCUAUCCCAAAAUUAUACAGGACAUUGAGACUAUUGAAGCGAACUGGCGUUGUGGACGUCACAAUCUCCAGCGGAUUCAGUGCCGGUCAGAGAACAGUAAAGGUGUUUACUGCCUUCAGUAUGACGACGACAAGAUCAUCAGCGGCCUGCGAGACAACUCCAUCAAAAUCUGGGACAAACAGUCUCUGGAGUGUCUGAAGGUCCUGACGGGUCACACUGGUUCAGUUCUGUGUCUGCAGUACGAUGAAAGAGUCAUAGUGACAGGCUCCUCUGAUUCUACUGUCAGGGUGUGGGAUGUUGUUUCUGGUGAGGUUCUCAACACUCUGAUCCAUCACAACGAGGCGGUUCUGCACCUGCGCUUCUGUAACGGUCUCAUGGUGACCUGUUCAAAAGAUCGCUCCAUCGCCGUGUGGGACAUGGCGUCUGCGACCGACAUCAGCCUGCGCCGUGUGCUCGUGGGUCACCGCGCCGCCGUCAACGUGGUGGACUUUGAUGACAAAUACAUCGUGUCUGCGUCUGGAGACAGAACCAUAAAAGUUUGGAGCACCAGCACAUGUGAGUUUGUGCGGACGCUUAACGGUCACAAGCGCGGCAUCGCCUGCCUUCAGUACAGAGACAGACUCGUGGUCAGCGGGUCCUCGGACAACACCAUCAGACUGUGGGACAUUGAGUGUGGCGCUUGUCUGCGUGUGCUGGAGGGUCACGAGGAGCUUGUGCGCUGCAUAAGAUUCGACAACAAGAGGAUCGUGAGCGGCGCAUAUGAUGGGAAAAUUAAAGUUUGGGAUUUACAGGCAGCUCUGGAUCCCCGGGCCCCUGCCAGCACAUUAUGUCUGCGUACACUUGUGGAGCAUUCUGGGCGUGUGUUCCGACUGCAGUUUGAUGAGUUCCAGAUUAUUAGCAGUUCCCAUGACGACACCAUCCUCAUAUGGGACUUCCUGAACGUCUCCACCAACGGCCAGCCAGAGAGGCGAUCGCCCUCGAGGACAUAUACAUACGUCUCCAGAUAGCAGGUGCCUCUUCUAUGUGCCAGCGUGUCCUGGGAGAGCUGAGAGCUGAUUGGUUGUUGGCCGUGUCCGUCACAGAAUGGUGCCUAGGGAUCCACCUCCUCCUCUCUGUCUGACUAUAAACUUACACAAAAAAACCUACAUAGAUUCAUGCUUUGCCAAACACACAUACACACGCACACUAAAGAUUCAAACACACACUAUUGGGUUUCAGCACUGUUCUGCUUUAUCUAGUGGGGAAAAGAAAAGCACAAUUACACAGGUGCGCACAAACAGACGUAUCUUCAAACCGCUUCAAACCGUAUCUGUACUAUCACUGCUGCUCAAUAACCCAGAGAUCUGCACUACUAAUAGCUCAUAUCCACACGGGGAUCACUGACGCUGGGAUUCUGGGAGUGACGUACGGAUGACGGACAGGUAAUUGAGACUUUGCGAACUGCUGUGUGAGAGAAAGAGACCUGGACAGUAGUCAGACUCUCGCGGAAAUGAAAGAAAAGUGAGCGGUGAAGGUUCAGGACGUUUUCAAGCCUCAUCUCUCUUCAGGACCAGGGACACAGGUGUUUUUCAGGAUGACGGCGAGAAGCAGAAGUCCGUCUGCAUGCAUGCGAGGAUCAGUUUGGUGACUGUCUGCUCUGAUGCCUCUUUCCCAUUCGUCUUUAGUUUUUAUGAUUUUGUUUUUCUAUUUAAUUGGCCUCUUCAUCUCUCCUGUAUGGUUCUGCUAGGCAUUGUAUGUCUUUGUCACUCAAUGUCUGGUUUGAUUUCUCUCUGCCUGCUUGCUCAUCGAGGGCUGAAUCUAGUUGUAAACAAAAUUGUCUUGUCAGAUUGUGUUGUAUAUUAAAAAAAGAGUUUUUUAAGAAAAAAUAUUGUGAAUAAAGUACUUGACCAUGA